AGUUUACACAACUGUUACAGACAACAACAACAACAUCAGAUAAUAUUAUAUUACAAAUCAAAUAAAAAAAUAUGUCAUUGCAUAGAGAAAAGUGCUGGUAAGAGAAAACAUGAGAUCUGGUUGUUUUUGCAAUGACUUACGACAGAAUAAACAACGUCGUGAAUAUUUGUCUAAACUUCGUUACUCACUCCAGUCAGCAGAUGGCGACUUAAGUCUUUCAGUUGAUGCCUCUUGUGUGACGUAUAAUCUAGUGGACGGGACUCUUCUUUAACAGCGACAAGGCUAUUGAUUCAUCCACCUCGCUAGCCAACAUAAAACCGAAAUAUUGACGUUUCUUUGGCAAUUUGUUCGUAUAUUAUUCUCGGAGUUUUAAACACAAUUAUGUUUACGUAUCUACUGGUUCACUUGAAAGUAAUUUGCUUGUUAACUUUGCAAAAAACGUGUUAAGUUUGAUACUGAGCCUAGCACUAGGCUUGUCGCUAAUGCUAACUAGCUAACAUCCCCGACCAUGAGCUCACUAAGCUACUCCCCUCCUGCUAAAGAAGAGGAGGUCUGCUGGUCGGAGAAAGAAGCUCUGGGGCUGAACAUCAUCGUAAAAGAAGAGGAGAAUAUUACAAUGAAAGAAGAGGAGGAAGAUUUCAGAAUAAAACAGGAGGAAGAGGAUGCUAUCACAUUAAAAGAAGAGGAGGAUGUUACAGUGAAAGAAGAGAAAGAACAUUUUGCAAUGAAAGAGGAAGAGGAGGCUAUCUCAAUAAAAGAGGAGGAAGACGUAUUGGGGGUGGAGGAAGAGGAGACAGAAGAUCUGAUUAACAUCACAGGAGAGAGACCAGAAUCUCACUCUGACAACGAGAAGAGUCCUUCAGGGGAACCAGACCCAGAGACGCCCAAACCAGCAAGACCACACCACUGCUCUCAAUGUGGAAACCGUUUUUCUACGUUAGGGAAUCUAAAACGUCAUGAGAUGGCACACACAGGAGAGAAGCCUUUCCAAUGUUCCCAGUGUGAUAAGAGUUUUACCCAGAUAGGGAGCCUGAAAAGGCAUGAAGGAAUACAUAAAGAAGGGAGGAAGACCUACCACUGCUCUCAGUGUGGAAAGAGAUUUACUCAGUUAGGGAGCCUGAAAACACACAAGACAAUACACACAGGAGAGAAGCCUUUCCAAUGUUCCCAGUGUGAUCAGAGUUUUACCCAGAUAGGAAACCUGAAUAGGCAUGAAGGAAUACACACAGGAGAAAAGCCCUACCAAUGCUCCAAGUGUGGAAAGAGAUUUAUGCGAUCACAGUACCUAAAAUCACAUGAGAUGACACACACAGAGGAAAAGUCUUUCCACUGCUCCCACUGUGGAAAGAGUUUUACUCAGUUACGGAGCCUGAAAAGACAUAAGAGGAAACACAAAUGAGAAAAGCCCUCCCACUGAUCCCACUGUGGAAAUAGUUUUACUCUGUUAGGGAGCCUGAAAAUGCAUAAGAGAAGACACUCUGGAGGACAGACAUACCACUGCUCUCAUUGUGGAAAGAUAUUUUCCCAGUCAGAGGACCAGAAGUCACAUGAGAGAAUAGAGAGGCUGUGUUCUGACUUAUGUUUUUGACUGAGAAUUUGUGUUUUUGGUUAUGCCACAUUAAAUCAUAUUGUUUAUAAUAAAUCA